GUUUCCCGGUCCUCGCAGCGACCGCGGCGGCGGCGAUACGCUGAGAGGACUAGGCUGGGCGGAAGAAGUCGAGCCCGAAGUGUUUCCGGUUCCGGUGUCAGUUCGAGGCGCCGCCGCCGCAGCUGCCGGAGCCGAGAUGCCUAAAGGAGGGAGAAAGGGAGGCCACAAAGGCCGGGCACGGCAGUAUACAAGCCCAGAGGAGAUCGACGCACAGAUCCAGGCUGAAAAGCAGUUGGCCAGGGAAGAAGAGGAACAAGAAGAAGGAGGAGAUGGGGCUGCAGGAGAUCCCAAAAAGGAGAAGAAAUCACUAGAAUCCGAUGAGAGCGAGGAUGAAGAAGAUGAUUACCAGCAAAAGCGCAAAGGUGUGGAAGGGCUUAUUGACAUCGAGAACCCCAACCGGGUGGCACAGACAACCAAAAAGGUCACACAACUGGACCUGGAUGGGCCCAAGGAGCUUUCAAGGAGAGAACGAGAAGAAAUUGAGAAGCAGAAAGCAAAAGAACGUUACAUGAAAAUGCAUUUAGCUGGGAAGACUGAGCAAGCCAAGGCUGACCUUGCCCGACUGGCGAUCAUCCGGAAACAGCGGGAAGAGGCCGCCAGGAAGAAAGAAGAAGAGAGGAAAGCAAAAGAUGACGCGACUUUGUCAGGAAAACGAAUGCAGUCGCUUUCCCUGAAUAAGUAGCAUGGCCUGAGGGAGGAGAUACCAGGGAACUGGGCCUUGUGGCCAGGACCACUGCCGUGUCUCACCCACACUGUGCCCUGGCGCCACUGCAGCAGCCCAAGACAAGUAGCCCCCCGACAGCCUGGGGCCUCCUCUUCAUCUUGGCACAGAAAUUGUUUGGUGGGCUAGGGGGAGGGGGCAGCUGCUGUCUUUGAGACACAUUCAGGACAGCAUUUCAUUUGUAACCAUUUGAAUGUUUUUGCUGUUUUUAGAAUUCAGAGCCCUUGGGGGUACUUGGGAGGUAGGUUAAGAAGAGCUUCUCUCUAUCCAGUAGAUUGCACGGUAGGGGGUGGUUGUGCUGGGGGCAGCUGCUGGCAAGUUUGCGACAACCACCCAUCUUUGUUGCUUGGGUGCUCACUCAGAGAGGCUAUUACCUGGGAGCCUGUGCCCUUGGUUCCUUGGGGGUCAUGGCUCAUCCAUGGCCAGUCCCCUCUGACUGAAGCCUCUCCUCUGCCCUUCCCUGCCCCAUUCCUACCCUUCUGGCCAGGACCUGUUCUUAACCCUACCCAUUGAUCAUUUCAAGAAACCUGUUUACUGUGCAGCCCCCAGGCAAAACAUGCUCCAAAAAUCCAACUUGUAUAUUUGGCAGAUUAAACUUGACAUUAUCGUAA